CUCAAUUUGAUUAUUAUGAAGCGGAAAAUUCAACUGCUCUCUUUGCCAUUUCGUCAAACACCUUUCCUGCCUUUAUAGAAUAACGUCAAAUCUUGGGUUUUGAAUUUUGACCCCCAAAAAAAAAAAUGGAGAAAAAAUAGAAACACACCCACCUUUUUUCCAUUCUCAGACGUCUCUCUCCCAUUCAUCGUUUUCUUUCUACUUCCUAAUCUCAACCUACCCAACGUUUUUUCAUUCCGGAAUUUCCUGCUUCAAAAAAAAAAAAAAAAAAAAAAACAGGAACUUGGGGUUCUUUAAUGGGCUGCUCUGGAAUCUGAAACGACGACAAACGUUGUUUUUGGGAGGAGGAUGAAAAUGAUAGAGGAGCUUGCUGCUGCUGCAGCCGCUGAGAAGCCUAUCCAUAUGAUGGCUUUGGAGGCUUUGGGAAAAGGGUUUGAUCUCAGCAGUGAUUUCAGGUUGAAGUUCGCUAAAGGAAUGGAUGGUGGUGGUGGAAAUGGAAGGUUGGUUGUUCUUGACGAGACCAAGAAGAGGGACAUUUUGAUUCCUGGUACUGGUUGUGGGUUCCCGAUUCCUGGUGUUUCUGAGGAUAUUCGUUGUGAUAAGGGAGAUCGGAUUCGGUUCAAGUCUGAUGUUCUUGAAUUCAAUCAGAUGUCUGAGUUACUAAAUCAAAAGUCUUCUGUUCAAGGAAAAGUUCCUUCAGGCUAUCUUAAUGCCAUUUUUGAAUUAAGUGGGGAUUGGUUUAAUGAUGCCGCAGACACCAAAUAUCUUGCUUUUGAUGGUUACUUCAUCUCGUUGUACUACUUGCACCUUACUUCGUCGCCGUUAGUGCUAAAAGACAAAGUAAAGAAGUCUGUGCCAUCCCAGUGGGAUCCAGCCGAAUUGUCUAGGUUUAUCCAGUCAUAUGGAACUCACAUAAUAGUAGGGAUGGCUGUUGGAGGUCAAGAUUUAGUUUGUGUUAGACAAAAAUCUUCAUCACCAAUUCCUCCUGCUGAUCUUAGAAGACAUUUGGAGGAUCUUGGGGAUUUUCUUUUCUCAGACAGUAGAAGCCCUUCCCUACUGCAGAGGAAAACUGGAGAUGGCAAACACAAGGUUCCGGAAGUCUUUAAUCGAAUAUUGCAGUCAAACACCAUGCAGUUGACCACUAUUACAGAAACAUCGAGCAAGGAUGGUCUCACUAUUAUUUGUUCAAAAAGAGGAGGGGACGUGUUUUUGCAAAGCCACUCCAGUUGGCUCCAAACAGUGGCUACUAAACCAGAAGCUAUCCUCUUUAAGUUUGUACCUAUCACUUCUCUUCUUGCUGGUAUUCCAGGCAGUGGCUAUCUUAGUCAUGCAAUUAACUUGUAUUUACGCUACAAGCCUCCUCUAGAGGAUCUGCAGUACUUUUUGGAGUUCCAAGUUCCUAGGCAAUGGGCACCUAUGUUCUGUGAGCUGCCUCUUCGACAUCAAAGAAAGAAAGCUGUUUGCCCUGCCUUGCAAUUCAGCUUCAUGGGUCCUAAAAUUAAUGUCAGCCCGACCCAGGUUUCAACGGUUCAAAAACCGGUGGUUGGCCUACGACUGUACUUGGAAGGGAAAAAAUGCAAUCAAUUGGCACUUCAUGUACAGCACCUCUCAAGCCUUCCGCAUUCCAUGAAUGUCUCAUUGGAUCAAACAAGCAGAAGGCCAUGCCAGUGGCGAGGCUCUGAUGACUAUGAGUCUAAUCAUCAAUUCUUGGAACCUAUCAAAUGGAAAAGAUACUCAAAUAUUUGCACACAGGUUGUUAAGCACGAUCCUAACUGGUUGAAGGGAGAUUCAAGCGGUGUCUAUAUUGUAACCGGUGCUCAGCUUAUUAGCAGAGGGAAGUGGCCAAAGACGAUGCUUCACCUCCGUCUGCUUUUUACCCACUUACCCAACUGUACUAUCCGAAAGACAGAGUGGGCUGCUGCUCCAGAAUCCUCUCACAAAUCAAGUUUCCUUACAAAUCUGAGCACAACUUUUACAUUCACUCAGAAGACAGUAACCGGUCCUCAGAAACAGACACCAGCUGAACUCAAUUCCGGUGUAUAUCCUGAGGGUCCCCCUCUUCAUAAUCAAUCGGCAAAGUUGCUUAAAUUUGUGGAGACAGCUGAGGUUGUGCGAGGUCCUCAUGAUGCUCCAGGGCACUGGUUGGUAACAGCUGCAAAACUAGUGGCAGAUGGAGGUAAAAUCGGUUUGCAUGUAAAGUUUGCGUUGCUAGACUAUUCUUGAAUUAUAGUUUCCAUACUAUAUAUUGAAUUCAUAUGUUUGAUUUGUUCGUUCCAA